AUGGCAGGUCUGAAAGACGAAGAAUGCGGAACGAAAUUCCGCCAACGAGAGUCUAUUCAUGAUGGAGUACGAACCAGGAAGAAGCUUAGCGAUGCGAAUUCCUUCACAAAAUGCAUUCAGAACGCUGCAAGGAAAACGCUCCCGGUUCUGUUGCCGCGGAAGAAGUUUCCCUUUGCAUCUGCGGAAACAGAAUCCACGUGCAAUUCUGUAUGUGUGGCGCACAGUACUGGUGACUUCAACCAGGAAAAGCGUCUUAGAAGGAAGUUGCGUCGUCAACUACAACAAGACCGCGAUAACGAGUGGACGUCAAGAGCGACGGAGUUUGAAAAGGCAUGGUAG